AUGGCUCAGGAAGAGUUAGAUGUAGUAGAAGAGGAAACAGUACACCAAGAGCAGAUUCCUAGACCCCAACAAAACCAAGGUGUCGGGUUGGGGCGCCAACCAGUGGUAUUAGUUGGUCGACAACAAAACGCUGAUCAAAUUGUUGAUCAAUAUCGACACGAAGAUAUGGCGAUCGAAAACAAUCUGACUACAAUUGUCGAGAGAAUUAUGGCUAGGAAUUGCAUGAGUGUUACACUACAAAGGCCAUUAUACGUGUCUCCAUUAGCUGAGUUUAUUCUUCAAACUGAAUUACCAAGAAGAACGAAGGUGCCUAAAUAUACUAAGUUUGGGGGAGAAUCUGGUGAGUCGACAAUAGAACAUAUCUCUAGAUAUUUAACUGAGUCAUGGGAUUUGGCUCACAAUGAAAGUUUAAGAGUAAAAAACUUUCCUUCUUCUUUGACCAAGGCAGCCUUUACAUGGUUUACUUCAUUGGCCCCUAAUACAAUUGAUUCAUGGGCCAAAUUGAAGAAGAAAUUCCAUGAUCAGUUUUAUGAAGGACAUUCCAAUAUUAGUUUGGCAUAA